GAACAUGUGUUCACUGUUUCCAAAUCUGAUUGGCCAAUCAAACACAGCCUUCUCUGUGAAGAGUGGAGAACGUACAGAGUUCAACUCAUUCCGCACAGCAUUUGAAGCACGAUGACACCUCCGAGCUUUGCUUUGUAUUUCACAUGUCUGUUCGUGGCGAAUCUGGGUAAGUUGUUUUUCUAUUGCCUGUGGUUUACUUUAAACUAUAACCAUAUGUUUCCAUGCAUUCUGCAAUACAGAUCACAACAGCAUUACAUUUCAAAUGAACUUAGGUAUUUGCUUUGUCUCAUUUUCUCCUCAGCUCACAUUACAACUUUAAAACAGUCUUCAUUACAUUUUCACUCAGCUAAUGUUGGGGAAAGUGUGACUUUGCAAUGCAGUGACAAUGAUGCAAAAACGGUGAUGUAUUACUGGUAUAAGCAAACUCUGGGACAGAAACCAAAGCUGAUGUCCACGUUCUAUAGGCAUAAUGAUAUCGGAACCUUUCAAGAUGAAUUCAACAACAAUACACGCUUCUCACUGGACAAAGUAAAAGAUAAAUAUCACUUGAAGAUUUCAGAUCUGCAAAUUUCAGACUCAGCGACUUACUACUGCGUAGUGAGCAACUUAAAUGACUUUGAAUUUUGUGAGGGCAAUACAGUCAGUGUAGAAGGUUCAGGUUUAAGCGUCCCAGCUACGGUCCAUCAGUCUUCAUCUGAGAGCAUCGAGCCAGGAGGCUCUGUGACUCUGAACUGUACAGUACACACUGGGACCUGUGAUGGAGAACACAGUGUUUACUGGUUCAAGAACUCGGAAGAAUCUCAGCCAGGACUCAUUUACACCCAUGGAGACAGGAAUGAUCAGUGUGAGAGGAAACCCAACACACAAACACACACCUGUGUCUACAACCUGCCGAUGAAGAGUCUGAAUCUUUCUCAUGAGACCUACUACUGUGCUGUUGCCUCAUGUGGACACAUUCUGUUUGGAGACGGGACCAAGCUGGACUUAGAAGAUGAGGUGGACUCUCCUGUCUGGGUUUAUUUCUUGAGUGCAGCUUUAGCAUUCACCACCAUCCUGAGUGUUUUACUGGCUUUCUCAGUGUACAAGGUGAACAAAAGAAGCUGCCAAUGUACAGAGUGUAAUGUAACAUUUUCAUCGACUUCUACUCCGAACAUAGCGUUACACGAAGACAACCUUCAUUACGCUGCUUUAAGGGAUCACAGUGGCAACACAUCAAGAAGACAGAGGGACAGCACCAUGACUGAAUGUGUGUACUCCAGUGUAAAGCAAUAGAGCUGGACACGUGUCUGUACUUUGUUUCUGAGUACCAAGAUAUUUGACAAAAGGGUCAUUUGAAUUUUCCCGAAACAUGAAUGCUUAUGAUUUCAGCAAAUGCAAUAAGUAUAAAGGCUUGCCAUGCAAUAAACUAAGCGCUUCCACUGAAAAAUAAAACACUUGUCUUCUGA